ACAACAACAACAACAACAGCAACAACAACAACAACAACAACAGCAGCAACAACAACAACAACAACAGCAACAGCAGCAACAGCAGCAGCAACAGCAGCACCAUCAUCAUCACCAGCAGCAACCAUCCAAGGAGGCCAUUGUGAUGCAAAGAUCACCAGCAAGUGUGCAUGCAGUCCCAUCACAGCCCCAUUCGCAGCAACAUCAACAACAGCAGUCGCUUGCAAAGUACCAGUCCAGUCAGAAACAGGGACAGCAGCCCCAGCCUCAGCCUCAGCAGCAACAAGCAAAUCCUUCAUCAGCUACAAAUAAUACUCAGCAACAGCAUUCUCAGCGACAGCAGCAUCAGCACCAAGCUCACCACCCUUCGCAACAGCACACAGCUACAAACUUAAAUCAGCCACACCUAAAUCAAGCAGCCUUACAAAAGCACCAGCAAUCACAAACACAGCAUCUCACACAGCAGCAACAACACCAACAACAACAGAAUUCUAUAGUUCAACAGCAGGUACCUGGACAUUCAUUACUGGGUCACAACACCAACAUUGUGGCUGGUGUUGCAGGGGCUGUUGUAGGUGAUGUUAGUGAUGUCCUAGGGGACAAGGGUACCUCAGGCCAAGUCCCUGGUGCAGCCAUGCAAGCCAGCCAUCAGCCUGGAAUGGUUACCAUGCCAUAUCAUCCCCCAAUGGUCACAGCACCAAGUUACAUGCAGCCUCCAACCUACGACUAUAAUGCCUAUUGUCGGAAGGCCCCACACUCACCUCGUUCCGAAGGCAGGCACCAGUGCUAUGGCUAUGGCAAGCAGCACCAAUAUCAGCAUGGGGAUCUCCUUCCUCCAGAUGCCACAAUGAUGCCUGACCCAAGACUGGCUCAUAAUCCACCCAUGCCCAUGCCUGGGCCCUUCCUGGAGACAACUGAAGAGCCACCUCCCAUGCGCCCGGAACCAGCAUCAGAACAUGUUAGGUAUUUCUCUGUGAGUCAUUUAGUCAGUCAUUCAAAUGAGCCAAGAAAAGCAUCCAUAAGUGGUCAGCAGAAAGAUGGAUCAGCAUCCCACACGGAGGACAAAUCCAAGGACUCAACAAGGACGAAAUCAGGCAGCAGGAAGUCUGAGAGUAAGUCCCGCGGGGCAGGAGGAACCAAGAGUAGUUCUCAAGGUGACUCUCAUUCCAGAAGAAGGAGCCCAGCAAGAGGGUCUCAACAAGGGAAUAGUGGUUCAGUGGCUCCUGCAAUGUGGAGCAACAAAUCCUCCACUGUGCACAAACAGGGACAUAACUAUUCAGCAGAGGCUCUCUUAAGCACUCAAAAUUAUGGCAGGCCAACACACAGGCCACCUGCAAACCAAAAUUAUCCAAUCAUGGCUCCUAAUCAGAUGUACCAAAGCAAUUAUUCCCCACAGCAGAUGAAGAAUUUUGUUCCCAAUACCUCUUUUGGAUAUACAAGCCAUGAUCGGAGUGGUCAGAGUGGUUGCAACCCGGAUUAUAAUUUCCAGUUGCAUACCCAGGCUUCAGGUUCCUUAGCAUAUGGAAGCAAUAUGGCUUACAUGCCCACAGGAUACCCGUAUCAAAAUUUACCUCCCUCAUCAUCCUCUAUGUUGACUGGUGAUAUCAUGGCACCACCACACCCAGCAGGCCCUUAUCCUCGCUUCCAUGAGUUCCCAACAGACCAAAGUAACUUUCCACCAAACCCAACAUUUCCAUUACCUCUCGACCCCCAAGAUGUAUGCAGUGGAGGGGGGCUCAUGGGGGCAGCUAGUAGUGCAAUGGCUGUGCGAGCACCUCACUCUGACAUGCAGCUUGUGCCCUCAUCAGUUUCUUCUACAGUGGCAUAUUCAAGAUCCAAUUCAAAUCGAAGUAGUGGGAACAUAGGAGUGAGUUCAAGUGUUGGAGGCAGCAUCAGUAGUAGUAACCACACAAUAGGAAGCAGUACUGGUGUGAGCACUAAGAGACCUCGUUAUGGAGAAUCCAACAUGGUUGGCAGUGGGAUGGGAGGAUCUGCAAACCUCUUGGAAGGUGGGGCACUGGCUCACAUUCCUCUCCAUUCCUUUACACCUCCUUGUGAUGAUCCAACACUGGUCCAUUCAAAUUUGUUCCCAGGGACUGCACCCAGGCACCAGAGUAAUUUCCUCUUGGGUCAUGAUAACCUCAUGCCAAUCAAUACUGCUCAGUACCCAGGGACUAGUAGUGGCACAGGGUCAGGAGGGACAGGUCAACUGGGGGCAGGUGGAGUGACAGGUCCCCCAGGCACCCGGGCAGGUUCAUCUGUUGUGCUACCACCUGGUGCACCACCAGGGCAUGUUCCCUUCAGCCCCUUGCGCGUGAUGGACAGACAGCAGGUCAACAUGGCGCCUCCCACAGCUCCACACCUUUCCUCAUCAUUGUCUAACUUCAAUCUGACAAGCAUCAUCCCAGAGAUUGAUGGAAAGGGAGGAGAAAACAAUGGAGGAAUGGGUUCUACAUCUCGUGGAACUGCCAUAGGUAACAAUGAAGUUCUUGGUGCUGCUAUACCAGGCCAAACACGGUUGCCUCCAAUGCCCUCUUCUCUGUUGCCUCCAGCAGAACCCCUGAAGGGGUUACCAACUGAUGCAAACAGACUCCCUCCUCCAGUUCUGAACAAUUCCAUGAACAACAUAUUCACACACACCCCACAUCAUCAGGUUGGACUUGGCCUGAACAGUUCUUUGCCUCUGCCUCCAACGACUUUCUCUGGCAUCAACUUCCCGACACCCGACCACUAACUGACAAUAUAAUUACGACAGCAAUAGACAAACUGGUACGUUAGUAUUCCUCUGAAUAAAGUGCCAAGGUGAUUCAGGAGUGAGCUUUGUAAUUGUGUAUUUAGAUGUGGAUAUAUGAUAGAUGUAUAGGAACAUUUAAUCAAUGUUGUUUAAAGAAGAGUAAGCAGAAAAGAAAGGAAAUAAUCAAUGUAAUGAUUUCUCUUCAGAAAAUUUGAAGUGGACAAAGAGUAUGUGAUAUUGCAUUCACAUACUGCAUGAAGGAUUUAUUUGUAUAUUCAGUAAACUGUGUAAAUAGAAUAUUCUGUACAGGGUUUGUGAAAAUUAUUUCACUUAAUAGAAUGUGUGAAAUGUCUGUGAUAUUAUUAUUUAAUGUUUUUAUUUACAUAUGAAAUAAUGUUGACGACAUGUGUUCUGUAAGGAUAUUUAUGAAUGACAAUAAAGUUGCAGUUAAUUAUAUUA